AUGAUGGAAGGCUCUUCGUGCGUAGCCUCAAUGGCCGCAGGUCGCUGGUGGGUCCUGGUUUCCUUGGUGGCAGCAGCUAUGGCCGACUCGAAUCCCAAGGGAAGCAGUGCCUGCCCCUGUGUGGAGUGGGCUGGACUCCAGGAUUAUAUCCAGGGCGGCCAGCUGAUGUACACUCCGACCGGAUCCACUGCGUCGCAUGAGUAUCCCACCGAUUAUGGGAACCUGGAAUGCAAGGCGCAUGACGCCGGGUUGGCUCCGUACUGCAAUGGGGCGUCCCCGCCAGCGUGGUGCAGCAAGCCUUGGUGCUACGUUUCCAAGAGCAACUGUGCCGGCCUCCAGCCCUACAAGAGCGUGAAGUUCCCAGGGGCAGAUGCCUACUACAGCUACCAGACCUGCGGACAGUCAAAUGAGUUCGCUCUUUGGGCCCAAGGGUUGGCUGACAACUCGACAUCGGCGCCUGAAGUCACGAAGAUUCUAGAUGUGGUCUUGGACUACCUCUGGAGUACAAGAGACUCUUUGGAGGAGGAGUAUGUGAGAAUGAUGGCCAACGGCAGCGUUAGCGCGUGCAGCUACAUCAACUUCUGCCCAUGCGUGGAGUGCUAUUACAACGCGCUGUGGCAGGAGAAGAUCGAUCCAGAAGCAGUGGGAGCCUGGCUCCGACCUUCUGUGGCUGGGCAGACCACGCAGGAAUGGAACGUUCUGACCUGCUUGGUGCAGAUCAUCGCGACCACCUACAGCAGUGUGGCCGCCAAGGAGGGCCAGCCACUCGAACGAGUCGGCUACCAGUACUUUGCCGACCAGAAGUCCGGUAGCUACAUUGGCUGGCCCACGGUUGAUUGGUGCCCCACAAAUUACGACCCACGUUUCCGUCCCUGGUAUGCCUCUGGCUCCACCGGCCCAAAGGACGUCGUGAUUGUCGUGGACGUUUCGGGCAGCAUGGGCGAGGCGAAUCGCUACAACCUUGCCCGGCAGGCGACGGGAGCAGUGCUGGAUACCCUGGACUGGAAGGACUACGUGGCCGUGAUCCUCUUCAACCAUGGCGUGUCAGCGCAAUACUCCACACGCCUGACCCCUGCGAGCGAAGUCAACAAAGAUGGCAUCAUCUCAUGGCUGAAUGUACAGAACUUCAGGAGCGGCGGCACGAACUUCAAGAUCGCUUUAGAUGCGGCCUUUGCCACCAUUCAGGCCAGCAUAGCCGCGGGGUCGACCUCCAUGUGCCAGAAAGCGAUCAUCUUCCUCACAGAUGGAACGGCGGACAUGUCAAACAACGACUACCUCAGUGUCCAGCAGCAAUCACAGACAUACGAUGCUGUGAUGUUCACAUAUGCCUUGGGCUCAGGAGCCGACACCACGGUGACGAAGCGGCUGUCCUGCGAAAACCGUGGGAUUUUCUACAACGUCCCGGACGGAUCGGAUCUGAGCCUCAUCAUGGCGAGCUACUACGAGUACUUCGCCACGGGGCAGGAGAUCUGCCAGCCUUCUUUCACAAGCUACACGGACGCGGUCACGAACAAAAAGCUCUGGCCAGUCUGCCUACCAGCAUAUGACCGAGCAGGUGCCGACCCUUCACUCUUGGGCGUCACAUGCAUGGACCUCAAUAUGAUCGCGGACCCCACGGCCAUGCAGUCCGAGUCGUACUGGGACUACAUUAGCUGCAAGGUCUCCGACUUCACGAAGACCUGCCAACAGCUGGAUACCAGUGAUUGCCGCCUGCAGAGGCUAAGGGCUGCUGCGGGCACGGAGUCGGUGUGCGAAGGUGAGGUGCCAAGCACCUGCUCUUGCGUCGACCCGGAUUGCCAAGAUGACACGUCCUUCAUCGACGAGAAGGGCUACUUCUGUGAUACAUGGGUUGGCGACGACUGUUCCAAGGCGCAGGAGUCUUGGGGCUACUCCGCCGCCGGUCAGCAAGCAGCACUCACCAGGUGCCGGCGCUCUUGCGGACAAUGCACCAUGCUUUCCCCAUGCCCAUCCACGAAGCGGUGUGUGGGCACCGAGCGCUUCUCCGCCAACGCCUGCAGGGCGUGUCGCACAGACAAGGUGUCGGGCAUCGACAUCCAGGGAAGGGUCAUGGCUUGUCCGGGCUCCACGCGCCCAGAAGACACCAGCGCCGGCGCCGCUGGGGCGGCGCACUCGAGCAGCAUGAAGCUGCUUUUCAUCGUCGUGUUCUUGGGUCGGCUCCUGGCAUAG